ACAGAGAAGCGCUCUUCAGUUUCUUCUCUUCUUCAACUCUUAAUUUCACUCUUUCAAUCUCUUGUUUCUGCAGCGAAGCCAAUAAUCAUGGCUUCCCUCAGGUGGGUUUCUUGGAUUUUGAUUGCACAUUUGUUUGUUUUAACAUUUGUGUAUCCAGAUUCUUCAUCCGAUUCAAAUAAGCUCAAAGAAAUUCCUAAAAUGUUCCUCCAAUUUGCUAAGGAACCCGAGCUGUUUGAUUGGAUGGUGGGAAUCCGUAGGAGAAUUCACGAGAACCCAGAACUUGGUUAUGAGGAAUUCGAGACCAGUAAGUUGAUUAGAACAGAGUUAGAUAAAUUGGGCAUUUCUUAUAAAUACCCGGUUGCAAAUACUGGCGUCAUCGGCUAUAUUGGUUCUGGUCAGCCCCCUUUUGUGGCCAUUCGAGCGGACAUGGAUGCUCUUGCCAUGCAGGAAUUGGUGGAGUGGGAGCAUAAGAGUAAGGUUCCUGGGAAGAUGCACGCCUGUGGUCACGAUGCUCAUGUUGCGAUGGUAUUAGGUGCUGCAAAGAUCCUUCAAAAGCAUAGUGAGGAGUUGAAAGGGACAGUUGUACUAGUUUUCCAACCAGCUGAAGAAGGAGGUGGAGGCGCUAAGAAAAUAAUAGAAGCUGGAGUGUUGGAUAAUGUCAAUGCCAUCUUUGGCUUGCAUGUUGCUCAUUAUAUACCUCUCGGUGAAGUGGCUGGACGGCCAGGACCCAUGUUAGCUGGUAGCGGCGCCUUUGAAGCUGUUAUCAGCGGAAAAGGAGGCCAUGCUGCAAUUCCCCAGCAUUCUAUAGACCCAAUUGUGGCUGCAUCUAACGUGGUUGUUAGCUUACAACAUCUUGUUUCAAGAGAAGCUGAUCCACUAGAUUCCCCGGUAGUAACAGUUGCUAAGUUUCAAGGAGGUGGUGCAUUCAAUGUAAUUCCAGAUUCUGUCGCAAUAGGUGGCACUUUCCGAGCUUUCUUGAAGAGUAGCUUGAUUCAACUUAAGCAACGCAUUAAAGAGGUUAUCACCGGACAAGCUGCCGUGCACAGGUGCAAUGGGACAGUCGAUUUUUUCGAGAAUGAGAUACCUCUUUUCCCUCCAACCGUGAAUGAUAACAAGUUGCACGAACACUUCCAAAAUGUUGCAGGAGAUAUGCUUGGCAUUGACAAGGUCAAGGACAUGAAACCAGUUAUGGGAUCUGAAGAUUUUUCGUUUUACCAAGAGAUGAUCCCGGGGUACUUCUUCUUUCUUGGAAUGAACAAUGAAACGUUGGGUCAGCUCGAUUCCGCGCAUUCCUCUUACUUUCGUAUCAAUGAAGAUGCACUCCCUUAUGGCGCAGCUCUUCAUGCAUCAUUGGCUACAAGAUAUCUCCUUGAACUCCCCUCACAAGUUACUUUACCAGACGAAAAACGACACGAUGAAUUGUAAGUUGCCUAUCGACCCGCUUGAUUAUAUGAUCUCAUUGAGCUGGUACUAAUGUCAAUCCCCUACCACAGCAUCUGUAUUCUGUUCUUUCCAUUUAAGCUUCAUCUGUUAUUGUACCUACCAGAAAUCAACCAGCCCAAAUGUUCCAAGAAGGUGAAACGCUGCACGUUUCCGAAAUCAACCAGCCCAAUCCCCUACCA